CGGAGUCUUGAAAUCACGCUGGGUAGCACCUGGAGUAAUUUAGAUGUUGAAUGAUAUUGGUCUGGAUUUUUAGAAAAGCAUAAACUUAAAAUAAUUAGCGUAAUAUGUAGUUUUAAUUCAGGCAAUAUUAUAUGUUAAAGUUUUGUUUUUACGACGUGGUGUCCAGUCUGCAUACGUUUUAACAAGUUGACUAAGUUAGCUACGUUAGCUAGCCUGCCAUGCUUUGCCGAAGGACAUCUGCGUGACUGAUGCUGGUAGGCGCUCGUUUAUUUAAUUGCCAUAAUCCAGUUUCCUCAAAGUUGACCAUCCAGUCACAGUAACUGUAGAGCCAUUUAUGUAUUUUCAUUUUAAGAACAUGGGGACUUGGAAUUUGGCUUGUCGGUGUUCCAGGAUGUUCGUCAAAAGUAGACUGUUGAAUUUGGUAUCGGAGUCAGACAUGAGAGUGGGUUGUCACUUUGCAUCCUACCAUUGCGCUAGUGCUCUCCUCUGGCCUAAGGACAGCAGAGUCAAACCAGCAGAGGGGUGGCGAAGCAGUGCUAUAACCAGCUCUGGAAUGCGACACAGGCCUGCUGUGUCUGAAGUAGGAAAGUACAAAGCCGACGGUCAGUCUGAAGACAUAAAGGAUGACCCAGAGACUCCAGCCUCCAGAAAUGUCUGGAGGAAAGAGACCUCAGUAUCCCGGGAGAGGAAGCCCAAUACAGACAGCAGAGUAUCAUCUGAGUUCCAGAGAGGUGCCCCAAUCAAACGGGAGAGGAAAACAAAUACAGACCGCAAAAUGUCAUCUGAGCUCCGGAAGCUCAGCCUGGAUGACUUUCCAGAGGAGUGUGAGAGGCUAGUAAAGGACUCCAGAGAAAGACUGUCCAAGGAAGAACACAGUAAUUAUGAGACGUUGUUUGGUGUGUCUCCCUGUCUCCUGGCUCUCACCCAGGGCAGAAGGAAUGCACACAGGUUGUUUGUGAAGGAGGGUGAGGCCUCUCGUAGGGCCUCCGUACGACAGGUGUGUGAGGAGGCCCAUAGGCAGGGCGUGCCAAUCCAGAGGGUUAGUAAGAAUGACCUGAACAAGAUGUGCUCAGGAGGGGUUCACCAGGGCUUAUGCCUACAGGCCAGUUUUUUGGGUUUCCUCACUGAGGACAAGACCUCCAAGCCCCCCAGGGACAGCAGUCACAUCCCCCUCUGGCUAGUCCUAGAUAGAGUGCAGGACCCAAUGAACCUUGGUGCCAUCCUGCGUUCUGCAUAUUUUCUUGGGGUGGACGGAGUUGCUAGCAGUCUUCGUAACAGCUGUCCAUUGACACCAGUUGUGAGUAAGGCCAGCUCGGGUGUAAUGGAGGUCAUGAGAGUGUAUGGCUAUGACAGCCUCGUAGAUAUGGCGAAGGUGAAAGUGGCACAAGGCUGGCAGGUUAUUGGCACAGUGGGAGCUGAAGCAGAGAAUUCCCAUGUUCCUGUCAUGAAAUGUUCCAAAUUCCAGAUGACCAAACCUACGCUACUGCUGAUGGGUGGUGAAGGGGAAGGUUUGUCCCGGGAGCUGCGUCUGCAGUGUGAGGUCAUGCUCACCAUCCCAUCCCGCAGAGAUCUGCACCCUGGGGUCGAGUCCCUCAAUGUCUCUGUGGCUACAGGCAUCCUGCUGCAUUCUCUGUUGUCGUCCCAUAGAGGUGGCCAUUGAUGCCCGACGAAACUACACAACUCAAUGUGUUUACUUUGGAGGCCCUCGCUGGGCUUAAUGACUGGAUUUACUUAAUCAAUUAUCAUUCAGGAUGUCUGAGAGGCCUGGAUGGCUGAGUGAUUGUGCAGCUGAUGUGCCCUGGCCGUGCUGCUCUGCACUGCUUUGGACCUUCAUGCUAGCUACUUUUCUGAAUGGUAACAUAGUAUGAAGUAAUGAAAAUAAAUAACCUUGUCUACUCAAAGUUAUUGCAUUCUUUGCAACUUUCUAAUGUUAGCCGCUUGUGUUUUUAAGACUUACAUUUUUUAUUUAUUUCACCUUUAUUUAACCAGGUAGGCUAGUUGAGAACAAGUUCUCAUUUUGCACAUGUGAAUGUUGAAUCCAUAAAAAUACAAAUGUUUAUGAGAAUGUGGUCCCUGACGAAAGAGCUACUGUUGUGCUGUUAGAAUGGGUCAGUGGCUUCGGUUCAGCUAACUUGAUUGCAAAUGCUGGUUUUGAAUAGAAAGGGAGGGGGGAAUGGUCACAGGCUCUGGGCUAUUGCUUCUGGUCAGGGGCUGUUUAAAAUUGAUCAUGGGAACAAGCGGCUGCUAUUGAUAGGCAACAUUUGCCCUUUUAUCACUGUCAGAAUUUAACCAGGGGGCUCAUUUAUAAUUAAUGUGCACACAUGAAUUUGUGUGUGUAUAGUUGACACAUUAUCACAAAUCUUCAGGAUUUAUCAGAAGUUUAAUUGUUAGGACUUGUUCUUUAUUGAGCAUAUAUUUAACAAUUGCCUCAGACCAUGUUAGAUUUACAUAUCUGUUUUUGUUACAAUCUGAACCUAUCAUUUCAAGGAUUGCAUGCUUACAUAUAUUGAAAUAUGUUUUUGUGAGAAUGUAAUUAUCUCUACAGUGUAAAUACUCUCCUACAACUCAGAAAAGUGCAGUGGUAGCUGAUGACUCUUUCUAUAUAUAAUUCUAUAUAAUUCAUGAAUAGCUUUAUUAUAAGCAGACCUAUUUGUUAUUUCCCAGUGUGCUGCAGUGUUUGGCCAUACAGUGAGAGAUGAGGAGGGGCUGUGAAUUGGCCUGAGGUACUUGGUUAUUUAUACAAAAAUAUAAACUUAACAUGUAAAGUGUUGGUCCCAUGUUUCAUGAGCUGAAAUAAAAGAUCCCAGAAACAUUC